AUGAUUGCAGCAGUGGAAUCAAUCCUUUGUCAGACGGAGGCAAAGGAGGAGACUAAGAGUCUCAUCCGACACCAAGUGUCGUCUCUCCUGAUGACCCACAGGCCGCGGGAAGUGCUUUCCAAGGUCGAACGUAAUGCGUUUAUAGAACUCAAGGCCGACAAAGACCUGGUCAUUUUGCCAGCGGACAAAGGACGCGCCACAGUUGUACUGGACAGGACAGACUACCUUCAAAAAGCCAAAGGUUUACUGGAGGACCGACAGUUCUAUGUCCCAUGUGCAACGAACCCUUUAAAGGCGCUGACACGCGAAAUUACUGCUACGUUGUUGGCCUUGGAGAACUCAGGUGCAAUAACACCGACCGACAGACGCAUGGCGAGACCCCAAGAUACGGCUUUGGCCCGAUUCUAUGGCCUCCCUAAGGUGCACAAAGACGGCGCUCCUCUCCCACCCAUCGUGUCGCUCAAAGGGACUCCAAAGUACGGACUGGCUAAGUGGCUGUUCCGGCGUCUCAAGUUCCUGACCGCUGAGUCAGACACCACGGUCUCUUCGUCAGCACAAUUUCUGGAGAAACUAAAAGGUGUAAGCAUCCAUCCAAAUGAGGUCAUGGUAUCUUUUGAUGUUACAUCCCUUUUUACUUCUAUUCCCCAGGACCUGGCGAUCGAGACAAUUGAGCUGCUACUACAAAGCAAAUAUGAGGAAACGGAGAACCGUCUUGGACACACCCAAAUCCUCCAGCUCCUGAAGAUCUGUCUCAGGACGUACUUUACGUUCGACGGGACAAUCUACGAACAGGUGAAGGGCACACCAAUGGAGUCGCCGAUUUCGGGAUUCAUCGCCGAAGCGGUCCUGCAACGGUUAGAGUCGCUGGUCUUCCAACACCACAGACCGAAAUUCUGGGCCCGGUAUGUGGAUGAUACCUUCGUCGUCAUCGAACGGGAUCAAGUGUUGACAUUCCAAGAACAUCUCAACGCCGUCUUCCCGGACAUUCAAUUUACGAUGGAGGAGGAAGAGAACAACCAGCUGGCCUUCCUGGAUGUCCUCGUAUGCUGCAAAGACUGUGGUGAACUAAAAACCAAAGUGUUCAGGAAAGCGACAAAUACGAUGCAAGUACUGAACUUCAACAGUAACCACCCAAUCAGCCACAAACGCAGUUGUGUAAGGACGCUCUAUCGGCGUGUCGAAACGCACUGCAGUGAGCCGGAAGACAAAAUUGCCGAACUACAAUACCUCCGACGGGUCUUCAAAGCCAAUGGCUACCCGCGCAACUUCGUCGACCGGUGCAUACGCAAAAGGGACGAAAGGCCUAACCGCACGGACACGGUUUUCAAAGGCAUUGCCUAUUACUCUUAA